GCUUGUCUGAGUUGUGUUUUGAGGUCGCUGUUCUCCGGAUCGCAACACGAAAAGCACUGAAGGUCACGCCAAGCCGAAGAUAACUACUUUAAAACUUCAGUUAUUUCUAAUUGAAACUCGAGGACAAAAGGACUUGACGAGCAACGUUCGUUUUGUACGGCAAGAGGUUUGACAGCGAAAGUUUUGCAGAGCAGCGGGUACGACAUGUCUUCCGACAGCAGCCUCAUCGACAGUAAAAUUCUGGGCUACCCAAGCACGGAGGAAAUAAACGAGUUCAACAAAGAAGGGUUGACAAAGUGGAGAGAUAGCAGCAAGUGCUCUACCUACUUGUUGCUCGACUCGGGGGUGAUCAAUAAAAUUCAGUGGGACAAAGCGACCCCCGAUGAAAAGUUGAAACUGUGGAAAAAUUUUGUUCGAAGCAUUUUUUUUGUGGGAAAAGGCCAGGAUUCAAAUUCUCACGUCGAUAAAGCCAAAAAAGCUUUUGGAAAAGGGGGAAAGGUUGGCAAAGGGGAAGACACAGCCGGAAACCAAAUUUUGCAAAUCUGGUCGAAAGGCAAUGGUGUCAUAGUCCUUGAGGCCUCCGAAUCGAUCACAUCUGAAGAAGCAGGCCGCAGGAAGACCGUCAUUGGGGAGACCCUAAAAACCCUAAAAGGGUUGUUGAGUUCUAGCAACAAGAACGAUGGAGGAGCGGUGGAAGAAGUGGUACUAGAUGAAAAUUUAAGAUUUGUGAGAUGUCUGCUGUUCCAAGCAAUGAAAAAAUUCCUUGACCCCACUUCCACUAACAAUCCGAUCUUCGCACCUAAGCCAGCAGACGGCCACCCGCCUUCACCCACAGCGGCUGGCAGUUCCAAGGAAAUAAAGCAGACCCCGCCUAAAGAAAAAGACGAUUCAACCGAAGAUCUGGCUUUAUCUAUCAAGAAUAUGAACGUGAAUGAAGAGUCCAAAAGGUCUGACGUUGAAUCGAAGAGCGAUGAAAAGUCAGACGUUUGCAUCUCCCAAUCAGAUGACGAGUUUAAAAGCUCUUUGUCCCAGGAUGAUGGAUAUGCAAGCUGCGCCACUAGCGUUUCACCUAACAGUGCGGUGGAAGUGAUUUCCGGACAAGGACGGAGCGAGGCCUCUGAAGCAAAUUGUAGAGAUGUGGAGGAGACACGCCAGAGCGACACCCACGGUGAUAACAAAACACCCAAAAGAAAUGGUCCAAAAAAGCAGGAAAACGAAUCUGAGCAGAAUAAUUGUUUGAGUCCCGCGCCCGCUGUCGGUAAUAUUAGCGCCAGAAUUGAGGAGACAACCCCUGGAAAAUCAGAUGGAGAUCAAAGUAUUGCAGGGGACGAGAAUGAUGAUGAUGACACCAACAGUCCAGAAGAGCCAUCUGCAGACCAUACUAGUACUAGACCGAGAACUAGGAAAGCUAGAAAUGAUUUUAUUGAGGAGCGGAUUAAAGAUAUCAAAGGUGCUAUGGAGAAUCUUGCUGACGAGAACGCCAUCUUAAGCUCCGAGCCUUUAACGAAAGAAUUUCUGAACUACCCAGGUGACGUGGAAAACCCACAAAAUGAAAAGCUGGAAAACAGCAUGAAUAUCGAGUUCGAUAAAAAGCCAACUUUUGGUAUGCAAUGGAUAGGAGGCAAUAGCAAGGACUGCUACACCUAUUUGUUGCUCGACCCAAGGGUGAUCAAUGAAAUUAAGUGGGAAGACGCGACCCCAGGGAAAAAGUGGAGUACAUUUAUUAGAAGCAUCUUUUAUGUGGGAAAAGGCCAGAAUUUGAGGCCUUACGAUCACCUCCAAGAUGCCUACAAACUUCUGACGACUGCUAAAUAUGUGGAAAGUCGGAUCAAGAACGCCGGGAAAAAGAUCCAACGCAUUUUGCAAAUCUGGUCGGAAGGCGAAGGCGUCAUAAUCUUCAAGGCCUUCCAAUUGAUGAUAUCUGCAGAGGCACACACGAGGGAGGCCGUUAUUAUCAAUACCCUAGGGUUGCCGAGUUUGUGCAACAAAAAUCACGGCACGUAUUACAAUGAAAAGGUGAGAGAUUUGGAUCGAGAUCGGAAAUCAAGCUUUGGGAAAUAUCUGCUGUUACAAGCAAUGAAAGAAUACAAUCACUCAGACAAGAUUAAGAUCUUCCCGGUUAACAUGGGUUAAGUGUAUUUUAUUGUAUAUGUCUACAACUUCAAAUUUAUUAUUUUUGAUGAGGGAAAUGGCUAGACAAAAAACAUCAGGUUAUAAUUAAUUUUAGACUGCGCAUGAAAGUAAUUAUUAAACGAAUUUAUUUUUAAUGUAGGUUGAAAAUUAUAAUUAUAUCAUAUAAUAUCGCAUGGGUGCAGUGGUGUAUGCAAUAAAAAUAAUUUGUUAUUUUAUGCAAAAAUAAA